AUGACCGACAUUACCAUGAUCCCCGGCCCCAUUGAGUUCGACCCCGAGGUCCUCUCAGCCAUGUCGCACCAGUCGGUGGCCCACAACUCUCCCCAGUUUGUGGAGGUGUUUGGCUCCGUGCUCACCGAUCUGCGGGCUCUGUUCAAGUCCACCGACCCCAAGGCCCAGCCCUUUGUCAUUGCUGGCGGAGGAACCCUCGGCUGGGAGAUUGUUGGAGCCAACCUUCUCAAGCGAGAUGACAAGGCUCUGGUCAUUUCUACCGGAUUCUUUUCCGACGCAUUCGCCGACUGCCUCAAGGUCUUCUGCGACCACGUCGACGUCAUCUCUGCCCCCGCUGGCGAGGCCCCCUCUCUCGGUGAGAUCGAGACCGCCCUCAAGAAGGAGAAGUACAACCUCAUCACCCUGACCCACGUCGACACCUCUUCCGGAGUCGUGAUCGACAUCAAGGCCAUCUCCGAGCUCGUCCACAAGGUCUCUCCUGACACGCUCGUUGUCGUGGACGGUGUCUGCUCCGUCGGAGUUGAGCCCAUCUCCUUUGACGACUGGGGAUUGGACUUUGUGCUCACCGCCCCCCAGAAGGCCAUUGGUGCCCCUGCCGGCCUCUCCAUCUCCAUGGCCUCCCCCCGAGCCGUUGCCAAGGUUGAGUCUCUCGAGAAGAUCCCCGUCUACUUUGGCAACCUCAAGAAAUGGCUGCCUAUCAUGCAGGCCUACGAGGCCCGAAAGCCCGCCUACUUCUCCACCCCCGCCGUGCAGAACGUGUACGCCCUGCAGGUUGCCCUCAAGCAGAUUCUUCACAACGGUAUCUCGCUGGACCAGCGUUUCGAGAACCACAAGCAGGUCUCCGACAAGAUCAAGAAGCAGAUCAACGACUGGGGUCUCGAGAUUAUCGCCAAGCCCGGUCUCGGCGCUCACGGCCUCACUUGCAUCUACCUCCCCGAGGGCGUGACUCUCCCCGACUUUCUCCCCAAGGUUGCCGCUAAGGGCGUGACUCUGGCCGGCGGUCUGUUCAAGGGCAUCAACACAAAGUACUUCCGAUUCGGCCACAUGGGUGUUUCUGCCGUCGACCCCAAGCGGGAUGAUGUUGACCGAACUCUUAAGGCCAUCCACGACUCUCUUGUCGAGGCUGGUUACAAGUGCUAA